GGGAUUGGGAGUAGGGUCAAUCAAAUUUGGGACUGUCCUUUUGCUAUCCUCCACAAGUAUUUCGCUGCAUCACCAUCUUCUCCGUUGCUGAGGCGGUGAUAGCCUCCACAAGUAUUAACUUACCGUCGCUUCAGAUUUCACUUCUCGCUCCAACACACACCAUGGCUUCCAGGCUUCAUUCUUCCAGACUCUUCAAAACCCUCAAAACUACCAGUCCCAUCUGCCGCCUCCGCCACCUUUCUACGGCUACAGCGGCGGCGGCGAAGGAAUCGUAUGAGGAUGCAGAUGGGAUUAACAUGAAAGGGGUUAAAAUUUCUGGAAGGCCCCUUUACCUUGAUAUGCAGGCAACAUCCCCUGUGGACCCUAGGGUUCUUGAUGCUAUGCUUCCGUACUACCUCUCCAGCUUUGGGAAUCCUCAUUCCCGGACUCAUCUCUAUGGUUGGGAAUCGGAUCUCGCUGUGGAGAAGGCUAGGGCGCAGGUGGCGGCGCUAAUCAAUGCCUCUCCUAAGGAAAUUGUCUUCACCUCCGGCGCCACUGAAUCCAACAACAUCUCCGUCAAAGGCGUCAUGCACUUCUACAAGGAGAAGAAGCGCCACGUCAUCACUACGCAAACGGAGCACAAGUGUGUUCUUGACUCCUGCCGUCAUUUACAGCAGGAAGGUUUCGAGGUCACAUACCUUCCCGUAGGGUCUGAUGGGAUUGUUGAUAUUGAUCUAAUGCGGUCCGCGAUUAGGCCCGAUACAGGGCUCGUGUCGGUGAUGACUGUGAAUAAUGAGAUUGGUGUGAUUCAGCCGGUUGAAGAAAUAGGGAAUAUAUGUAGAGAGUUGGGUGUUCCGUUUCAUACUGAUGCGGCUCAGGCUUUGGGCAAGAUUCCCGUUGAUGUGGAGAAGAUGAAUGUGAGUUUGAUGUCUUUGAGUGGGCAUAAGAUUUAUGGGCCCAAGGGAGUUGGGGCCCUGUAUAUGCGGCGGAGGCCAAGAAUUAGGGUUGAGCCGCAGAUGAACGGUGGUGGGCAAGAAAGGGGAAUUCGCAGUGGGACAGUCCCAACACCGCUGGUUGUGGGAAUGGGGGCAGCAUGUGAGCUGGCAAUGAAGGAAAUGGAGUAUGAUGAUAAGCGAAUAUCUGCUUUGCAAGAAAGGCUGCUUAAUGGGAUCAAGGCAAAACUUGAUGGUGUGGUGGUAAAUGGGAGUAAGGAGAAGAGGUAUGCUGGGAAUUUGAAUUUGUCUUUUGCUUAUGUUGAAGGGGAGAGUUUGCUAAUGGGGCUGAAGGAAGUGGCAGUUUCAAGUGGGAGUGCAUGCACAAGUGCAAGUUUGGAGCCCUCAUAUGUUCUAAGGGCGUUGGGGGUAGAUGAGGAUAUGGCUCAUACCUCUAUUAGGUUUGGGAUUGGGAGGUUUACCACAGAGGCUGAAAUUGAUAGGGCUGUGGAACUCACGGUGCAGCAGGUGGAGAAAUUGAGAGAAAUGAGCCCACUUUACGAAAUGGUGAAGGAAGGAAUUGAUAUUAAGAGUAUACAAUGGGCACAACACUGAGAUGAAAUGUUGUAGUGAGCAUGUUACAAGUCCACAAGGCAGUGUUGCAUUUGGAAUGUAUGACCCAUAGAAACAAGCCUUUGAGAUAAACUAUUCAACAGUAUGGAGUAUCAAUGAUGCUUCCCGCAGGUUUUCUUUACACUGUGCUUGUACAUGCCUUUUUAUUAUUAUUAUUAUUAUUAUAACGUUUGGAAGUUUCAAAACUAUUAAAUUUUGCACUAGAUGGCUACCUUGAAUAAUUGCCUAAUGUUUAUGUACAUUACUUAUACCUUCAGUUGGUUGAUAUCAUAUUUUAAAACAUUCUGCUAUA